UAAAAGCAACUCCAAAGAAGCCGAGGAGGGAGUAACGGGCAGAAACAGGAAGAGGGGAAACCAAACCAGCAGCACAAUGACUUCGACCAGGAGACUAUGUAAGGAGCUCGAUGAUAUUCGCAAAUCUGGGAUGAAGCACUUCCGCAACAUUCAAGUGGACGAAUCAAAUUUUUUGACCUGGCAAGGACUCAUCGUUCCUGACUGUCCUCCGUAUGACAAAGGUGCCUUCCGGAUCGAGAUCAUAUUUCCCGCAGAGUACCCCUUCAAGCCCCCCAAGAUCACCUUCAAGACAAAGAUCUACCACCCCAACAUUGACGAGAAGGGCCAGGUGUGUCUGCCCAUCAUCGGCGUGGAGAACUGGAAGCCGGCCACAAGAACCUGCCAAGUGAUCCAGUGUCUCAUCGCUCUGGUGAACGGCCCCCAGCCGGAGCACCCGCUGAGGGCCGACCUGGCGGAGGAAUACACUAAAGAGCGUUCCAAGUUCAUGAAGAACGCCGAGGAGUUCACAAAGAAACACAGUGAAAAACGACCCGUGGACUGACGGCGCAACACCGUCGAGCGAUUGCCCGCCGGCCUCCUCUCCGUUUCCACGUUUGCCCCACCUCCAUUCCUUUCCCUGCGUUUCCACGGAGAUCGUGUACCUGUAUUAUCUAGCACUCGAAUCAUCCUCUGUGGAGAUGCAUGUCUCUGCUACAGCCUCCAGGUGUCACUGUUUGGUUGUUUAUAACUUCUUUCUACUGAUUUCUUUUUUGGGGAAAAAGAGGUGGCACUGUGGAAGGUCAAAUAAGUUGAAUAAAUAAGUGCUGUUCUGCUUACUUAAAUGUUGAAUGUUAUCUCAGAUUAAUCAUAAGCUUCUGCAGACCUGUUUACACAUUUUUAUGCUUUGUGUGAGAUGGCAUCCAAUGCCGUCUGUUUUCCCUCCUCAUCCCGAUGCCCUGUACUCUGUAAAAUACCUUUUUCAAUCAGUUCACUUCAACUUUGUUUUUUAAAGAAAAAGGAACAAAAAAAUAAAUAAAUAAAUAUUCAAAUGA